CAAGAUAUUUCGCCGCCAUGUUUGUUUCGUGUUUUCAUCAGAUUAGUCACAACCCGUCCCCGGUAUGGACGUGACUCGCUGUCUCCGGUGAAAGUUAUCUUCCGAGAAGCUGUGACCCUGAGAUCUGCACCUUAAGACCAUGUUGGCCCGACUGUUCAGGUUCCAUGGGCUGCUGGUGGCCUCCCACCCAUGGGAAGUGAUAGUGGGGACCCUAGCUGUCACCGUCUGCCUCAUGUCCAUGAACAGCUUAGCAACCAGUAACCAGAUGUGCACCUGGAAUAACUGCCCCAAAGUUGAACAGGAAGUCCUCAGUAGUGACAUAAUCAUCCUGACAGUCACUCGCUGUUUAGCUAUAAUUUACAUCUACUUUCAGUUUAAAAAUCUUCUACAACUGGGAUCCAAAUAUAUUCUGGGUAUUGCAGGAUUAUUUACAGUGUUUUCCAGCUUUGUUUUCAGUUCAGUGGUCAUUCACUUCUUUGGGAAGGAGCUAACAGGCCUUAAUGAAGCACUGCCAUUUUUUCUACUCCUUAUUGACCUGUCCAAAGCCUGUACAUUGGCUAAGUUUGCUCUCAGCUCAAACUCUCAGGAGGAGGUGAGGGAGAACAUUUCUCAGGGCAUGGCCAUUCUGGGCCCCACGUUUACCCUUGAUGCUCUGGUUGAGUGUCUGGUUAUAGGAGUGGGCACCAUGUCAGGUGUUCCUCAGUUGGAGAUCAUGUGCUGUUUUGGUUGUAUGUCUGUUUUGGCCAAUUACUUUGUUUUCAUGACGUUCUUCCCAGCUUGUGUCUCCCUGGUCCUUGAGCUUUCAAGGGAAAGUCGUGAGGGCCGGCCCAUCUGGCAGAUGAGCCACCUGGCCCAUGUACUUGCAGAGGAGGAGGAUAACAAGCCCAAUCCUGUUACCCAAAGGGUUAAAAUUAUUAUGUCCCUUGGUUUGGCCUUGGUUCAUGCCCACACCAGGCUGAUUGCUGAGCGUUCAGGUCACAAUCGCACAGCAGAAGGUCCUAUAGCAGAGAGGAGGAACUAUGAAGGGUCUAUGUGGCCUGUGAAGCUCAGCAGCAUGGAGCUGGAACACGUGAUAACCCUCAGCCUGGCCCUGCUCCUUGCUGUGAAAUACGUCUUCUUUGAACAAGCAGAGACAGAGUCCUCUCUGUCUCUGAGGAGUCCAAUGAAUGGUUCAGCUUUGAUCCAGAAGCCCAGGGGAGUCGAGGACUGCUGCAGGAGGGAGCUUCCAGCUCUGAAAUCCCACAGGACCAGAACAAGCGGCGCUGCAUCCUCAGCUGUGUCAGACAGUAAACUGUUGUCUGAAACAGCUUGUACCAGCAAAGAAACCUGGAGUAAAACCAUGGCCCAAACAGCCUUGAUGGAAACCUGUGGUUUAUCUGAGUCCUCCUCUGCUCAGACAGGUUGUAGGCUGGAGCCUCGAUCUCUGGAGGAAUGUAUCUCCAUCCUGUCUGAUCCUCAGAGAGGUCCCCAGAUGCUUAGCGAUGCAGAGGUAAUGAACCUUGUAAGCUCCUGUAAGAUCCUGAACUACAAGCUAGAAGCAGUCCUGGAGAGUCCAGAGAGGGGCGUGGCCAUCAGGAGAGAGUUGUUAUCAGCCAAACUGCCCGUUCCAUCUGCGUUGGCUUGUCUGCCUUAUAAAGGCUACGACUACUCAAAGGUGAUGGGUACGUGCUGUGAGAAUGUCAUUGGCUACAUGCCUGUGCCUGUGGGAGUGGCAGGCCCUCUGCUGCUGGACAACCAUCAGUUUUACAUCCCUCUGGCCACCACAGAAGGCUGCCUGGUGGCCAGCACUAACAGAGGAUGUAGAGCACUGUCUCUGAGUGGGGGCUGCAGCAGCAGGAUUCUGGCUGACAGGAUGACCAGAGGACCUGUGGUGAGGCUGCCCUCAGCGUGCCGAGCUGCAGAGGUCAAACUCUGGCUGGAGACCUCAGAAGGCUUUGACUUGAUGAAGGAGACCUUUGACCAGACCAGCAGGUUUGCUCGUUUGGAGAAGCUGUUGGUGUGUGUAGCAGGGAGGAACGUUUACAUUCGCUUCCAGUCUCAGACGGGGGACGCCAUGGGUAUGAACAUGCUCUCUAAGGGCACAGAGCAGGCUCUGCACAGGCUCCAGCAACACUUCCCUGACCUGGAGGUGCUUUCGCUCAGUGGCAACUACUGCACGGACAAGAAGGCCGCUACAGUGAACUGGAUCUUAGGCAGGGGCAAGUCAGCUGUGUGUGAGGCCACUAUUCCUGGCAGGGUGGUCCGGGAGGUGCUGAAGAGCAGUCCAGCAGCUCUGGUGGAUCUGAACAUCAGUAAGAACCUGGUGGGCUCAGCCAUGGCUGGCAGCAUAGGGGGCUUUAAUGCUCAUGCUGCCAACAUCGUCGCAGCCGUUUUCAUAGCCUGUGGACAGGACCCUGCUCAGACUGUGGGGAGCUCCAGCUGUAUCACUCAGAUGGAGUGUACUGGUCCUAACGGGGACGACUUGUACAUCAGCUGCACCAUGCCCUCCAUCGAGCUGGGAACUGUGGGAGGAGGCACCAACCUGCCCCCCCAGCAGGCCUGUUUACAG